UCAGAAGUGUGAAAAUCACCAAAAUGGAGAAACAAAUCCUUGAUUUCUCUCUGGUUCCUUUAGGUCUUUGUUCGCUUCUAGCUUACCACAUAUGGCUUCUCCAUCGAAUCAUAAAUCAUCCAACCAGCACUGUUAUUGGCAUCAAUGGCAUCAACAGACGCGUAUGGGUCCGAACCAUGAUGGAGGAGUCUUCGAAGAAUGGAAUUCUUGCAGUGCAGACACUGAGAAACAAUAUAAUGGCAUCGACAGUUUUGGCAUCUACAGCGAUCAUGCUUAGUUCAGUGGUUGCUAUAAUCAUGGCUAACUCGAAAGCUCGACCAUCGGAUGAAAUUGUUUUUGGAAUCCAGAGUGAAUUAGGGUUUUGGAUCAAGUUCUUCUCCAUCUUGGUUUGUUUUCUUUUAGCAUUCUUGUUUAAUGUACAGUCUAUAAGAUAUUAUAGUCAUGCAAGUAUACUGAUAAAUGUUCCGGUGAAGAAGAUGAUAAGUCCACAUUUGAUGGUAGAAUAUGUGGGGAGGACAGUUAAUCGAGGGAGUUGUUUCUGGUCACUGGGAUUAAGGGCUUUUUACUUCUCAUUUCCACUGUUUUUGUGGCUCUUUGGUCCUAUACCUAUGUUUUUGUGUUGCGUUGUGCUGGUUUUUAUGCUUUAUUUUCUGGAUGUAACUUUUGACUUUGGAGGGGCUAUUGGUGUUGUUGAUGACGAAGAAAAGGGGAGAGAGAAAGAAAGAGAGAGA